AUGACAUACUUUUAUCUAUCUACUGUUGUUGAGCAGGGCGCGUGCGGACAGGCGAUGAAGGACGUGCUGUCGUGCGUGUGGUGCUGGGCGCUGGCAGCGGCUCUGGUCACCGUGCAUAGCGUCAUCACCUUCACUGUUCACGAUCCUGACUGCCCUGCUGGCUACCUGGGCCCCGGUGGCAAACAUGAUGAGUGGAUGGCUCCAAACUGCAGUGGCGGGGCCGCCGGGUACAUCGAUCGCUUGCUCCUAGGCCAGUCGCAUCUUUACCAGCAGAGCGACGCCAGUCGCGUCUACGGAGGAAUGCCUACUGACCCUGAAGGACUAUUGGGUUGCCUAACAUCAGCUGUACAAGCGUUACUCGGCGUCCAGGCCGGAGCCACUGUGCUGCUGCAGCGGUCGCACAAAUCGCGCGUUUCAAGAUGGCUGGCCUGGGCUUUGGUCUUCGCACUUACCGGGGCACUUUUGGCCGGAUUUUCGAGGGAACACGGUUCUGUACCCAUUAAUAAGAACCUGUGGUCGAUGUCCUUUGUUCUGGUGACGUCAGCGUGUUCUCUGGUCAUUCUGAGCCUCUGUUAUACACUCACAGACGCAUGGAGACUGUGGGGUGGUGGCCCGUUCAGAGCGCCAGGCCUUAACGCUAUAGCUCUUUAUAUAGGUCAUUCGGUUUGUGCUCAUUUAUUCCCCUUUCAUUGGCGAGUACCCGAAAUGAGAACCCAUACAAUUCACCUUGCGGAAGCGGUGUGGGGCACCGCGCUAUGGGUCAUUAUUGCACACGUUAUGGCAAAGAAGAAAGUGUUUAUUACCCUUUAAAGAACAUGAAGUUGUUUGUCUCAUUCCGCAGGCGAAACCAAUGCCGUCAUUCUCCUGGCUAACAAUAAGUAACAUUGAGUUAAAAUUUCAGAACAUUGAGUUUUCGAUUCUGGGUUUUAUAUCUUAAACAAGUAAUUAGUAGAAUCAUCGUGUAUUAAAUAUCUGUCUCUUUCACUCUUAUGAAAAAAACUACUAAUUGUGUGAACUCUAUGGCAAUUCAACUGAAUUUAUUUAAGGGAAGGUCAACAGUUUUAAAACUAAAUUAAAUAAUAAUAAUAUCAACUGAGAGCCAAUUUGUGCGCCUGAUGGUAAACGAC